AUGUCUUUCCUGCGACAAACUCUACGACCAGCAGCGAUCGCACAAAGCGCAACACGCCUUGCGAAGCCCUCCGCUUCUUCAACCCUUCCACAGGAUAAGUCCAAUGGCUUCGGGUUCAUCAGGCACAACGCGCUCCCGCCGAAGCCACGCCAAACAAGCGUGACUGAAAUUCGAGGCCCCUACUACUCCGCCAUGGGUCCAGGCUAUCUCUCCGAUGUGCUCUCCACUAUGGGCGAGCAUGUUGACGGACUAAAAUUCGCGGGAGGGUCCUUCUCGCUGUUUCCAGAGAGCGAGCUGCGGAAGUUGAUCGAUCUCGCGCACGACCAUGGCGUAUAUGUGAGUACGGGUGGAUGGAUGGAGCAUGUGCUUACGCAGUCGGAUGCCGCGGAAGCUGUGGACAAGUAUCUUGCGAAAUGCAAGGACGUGGGCUUUGACGUUAUCGAGAUCAGUACUGGAUUCCUGUCGCUGCCGCCGGAUGAUUGGGUGCGACUUGCGGAGCGCGUGCAGAAAGUUGGUCUGAAGCCCAAGCCCGAACUCGGCAUUCAAUUCGGGGCCGGAGGCGACACGGAGGCGGCCGAUCUGGAGAGCAUGGGCACCUCGGAUCCCUCGCGCGUCAUCAACAUGGCGAAGCGGUUCGUGGAUAUGGGCGUGGAGCGGAUGAUGAUCGAGUCGGAGGGCAUCACGGAGAACGUGAAGAGUUGGCGGACGGACGUGAUCCAGGCUAUUCUGAGGGAGAUCCCGCUCGAGAAGGUGAUGUUCGAGGCGGCGGACCCCAAGGUGUUCAACUGGUAUAUCCGCGAGUUCGGAGUCGAUGUCAACUUGUUCGUGGACCACAGCCAGAUCGUCCAGUUGAGCUGCUUGAGGCGAGGCAUCUGGGGCAUGGCGGAUACGUUCGGUAAGAUCACCACUUACAGGCCGGAGGGGAAUUGA